AUGGCGCCAAUGGACAAACCAACCCCAGCAGAACUCGAGCAACAGCUCAAAGACACAAUCCAAGACCUCUACCAAAUAAUGGUCCAAGUAACAACUUACAACACCGCCCCGACAAACCCCUCGAACCCCUCCGCCGGCGCCGCAGCUGGCGCAGCCUCUGCCGCCUCCACCUCCGCCUCCUCCUCCGGCCCCGCCCUCGCCGAGUCCGUCCAGGCCCUCUCCUCCUCCCUCCAGCGCGUCCACAUGACGGCCCUCGCCGGCGCCCCGCCCUCGCCCGACCUGCCCGGCGCGCUGCCCAAGAUCCCGCCCGAGCUCGUCCAGUACGUCGAGAACGGCCGCAACCCGGACAUUUACACGCGCGAGUUCGUCGAGCUCGUGAGGCGCGGGAACCAGCUCAUGCGCGGCAAGAUGAACGCCUUCGCGCAGUUCAGGGACGUGUUGGCGGACCACGUCGAGAGGGGUAUGCCGGAGCUCAGGGAGGAUGUCGGGAGGGUGCUGGAAGCGACCAAGGCUGUUGGGAGCGGGAGGCCUGGGGGGAACUAG